UGCUUUUCGCAAUCUCUCCAAAUCCAUCUCAACUCCUGCCACCAUGACUCGUUUCUUCUGCUGUGGAAGCUACUUCCCGGGUUAUCCUUGCUAUGGGACCAACUUCCGUAGGACCUUCAGAGCCACCCCCCUGAACUGCCUUGUGCCCCUGGGCUCCCCACUGAACUACGAUUGUGGAUGCAAUGGCUACAGCUCCCUGGGCUACAGCUUUGGUGGCAGCAACAUCGGCAACCUGGGCUGCGGCUAUGGUGGCAGCUUCUGCAGGCCAUGGGGCUCCGGCUCUGGCUUUGGCUACAGCACCUACUGAUGGACCAAUGGCCCCAGGCGACCCCAGGACUCUUCAAUCAGUUCUCUGAACACAGAACUGCCUGGAAAACAAUGACUGUCUUUCUGUUUCUAGAUGUGUUUGAGAGAUAUAUCUUCCAUCUUCUUGCUGACUUCUUACUGAGAUCCUGGUCUUGGACGAUGCUGAACAAGUCACCCAGGCAUCAGAUGCAGAACUGGCACUCAGCUACAGCCAAAGCCAGAUGCGUUUCUCCUAUACACCCGAAUCUUACCAAUGAUGCAAGUAGUUUGUCUCUUACAGUUGUUCUGCCUGUGUAUUAUUAAAUUCUAUAUCAACGUCAAUGCAUUACAAAUUAGGUGUGAGUGGGAAGGGCUUUUUCUGUUAGUCUCAAUAAAUCUAAUUCAUU